AUGUGUUGGUGAAAAGCGAGUGGCUUACAAGGCCCUUCAGGGGAAGAGGGGCUGGGACGCAGGGGGCGGCGUCGGGAUGAGUGUAGAAGAGACGAGGCCUCUGGACAGCGGAGGAGGAGGGGACGGCGCCGAGGCGCGGUGCCAGCUGCCGUGCACAGGGGCCCCGCGGCGGAUCCGAGCCGCGGGCACGCUCUGCCCAGUCCCGAGAGCUCGGGGAGCUGCGGGAGGGGCGGAGGGGCGCAGUGGGGCCCGGGCGGCUGCGGCCCCGGAGCCUGGGCACCUGAGGAGGAAGGAGGGUGGGAGUGAGGGAGGGAGGGGACGGGCUCAGACCGAAAGUGGGGAAAGAAGGUGCAGGCGGGCGGGCGAGAGGGCAGGCGCCCUGGCCCAGGGCCGCGGGUGCGGGAGCCCGGCGAGGUCAAGCUGGGCGGCGGCGGGGGCCGUGCCGAGGGAGGAGGGGAAGGCGGAGGCGCGGGGAGCGUGUUUGGGGCGCCGCGGCGGGGAGGUUAGCGGCCGCCGGUGCGCGCGGGGCGCUGUGUGUGCGCGCUCCCCCGCUCGGGGAGGAAGAUGGCCCAAAAGGGAAAGUUGGGGUGACGCUCGCUGUCCCUGGAGGCUCGGCGGGGGGCAUCGCGGCCAGCCCGACGGAGGGGCGGACGCACAGGCCGGGGGGCGCGCAGUCCGGGCGCUGCCGCGGCCGCCCACUCACUGCAGGUGGCAGCCGGUGCGCUGGGUCCCGGCGGCCGCGGGCGCAGGCGGGCGCGCGGGGGAGCCCGGCCGAGGGAUGGGCUGCGCCCCCAGCAUCCAUGUCUCGCAGAGCGGCGUGAUCUACUGCCGGGACUCGGACGAGUCCAACUCGCCCCACCAGACCACCAGCGUGUCGCAGGGCCCCGCGGCACCCCUGCCUGGCCUCUUCGUCCAGACCGACGCCGCCGACGCCAUCCCCCCGAGCCGCGCAUCGGGACCCCCCAGCGCCGCCCGCGUCCGCAGGGCCCGCGCCGAGCUGGGCAGCGGCAGCAGCGCAGGUUCCGCAGCCCCCGCCGCGACCACCAGCAGGGGCCGGAGGCGCCACUGCUGCAGCAGCGCCGAGGCCGAGACUCAGACCAGCUACACCAGCGUGAAGCAGGUGUCUUCUGCGGAGGUGCGCAUCGGGCCCAUGAGACUGACGCAGGACCCUAUUCAGGUUUUGCUGAUCUUUGCAAAGGAAGAUAGUCAGAGUGAUGGCUUCUGGUGGGCCUGUGACAGAGCUGGUUAUAGAUGCAAUAUUGCUCGGACUCCGGAGUCAGCCCUUGAAUGCUUUCUUGAUAAGCAUCAUGAAAUUAUUGUAAUUGAUCAUAGACAAACUCAGAACUUCGAUGCAGAAGCGGUGUGCAGGUCAAUCCGGGCCACAAAUCCCUCCGAGCACACAGUGAUCCUCGCAGUGGUUUCACGAGUAUCGGAUGACCAUGAAGAGGCCUCAGUCCUUCCUCUUCUCCACGCAGGCUUCAACAGGAGAUUUAUGGAGAAUAGCAGCAUAAUUGCUUGCUAUAAUGAACUGAUUCAAAUAGAACAUGGGGAAGUUCGCUCUCAGUUCAAAUUAAGGGCCUGUAAUUCAGUGUUUACAGCAUUAGACCACUGUCAUGAAGCCAUAGAAAUAACAAGCGAUGACCACGUGAUUCAGUAUGUCAACCCAGCCUUCGAAAGGAUGAUGGGCUACCACAAAGGUGAGCUCCUGGGAAAAGAACUCGCUGAUCUGCCCAAAAGCGAUAAGAACCGGGCAGACCUUCUCGACACCAUCAAUACAUGCAUCAAGAAGGGAAAGGAGUGGCAGGGGGUUUACUAUGCCAGACGGAAAUCCGGGGACAGCAUUCAACAGCACGUGAAGAUCACCCCAGUGAUUGGCCAAGGAGGGAAAAUUAGGCAUUUUGUCUCCCUCAAGAAACUGUGUUGUACCACUGACAAUAAUAAGCAGAUUCACAAGAUUCAUCGUGAUUCAGGAGACAAUUCUCAGACAGUAGAGAUGGGGUUUCUCCAUGUUGGUCAGGCUGGUCUUGAACUCCCAACCUCAGGUGAUUCACCCGCCUUGGCCUCCCAAAGUGCUGGGAUUACAGAGCCUCAUUCAUUCAGAUAUAAGAACAGGAGGAAAGAGUCCAUUGACGUGAAAUCGAUAUCAUCUCGAGGCAGUGAUGCACCAAGCCUUCAGAAUCGUCGCUACCCGUCUAUGGCGAGGAUCCACUCCAUGACCAUCGAGGCUCCCAUCACAAAGGUUAUCAAUAUAAUCAAUGCAGCCCAAGAAAACAGCCCAGUCACAGUAGCAGAAGCCUUGGACAGAGUUCUAGAGAUUUUACGGACCACAGAACUGUACUCCCCUCAGCUGGGUACCAAAGAUGAAGAUCCCCAUACCAGUGAUCUUGUUGGAGGCCUGAUGACUGACGGCUUGAGAAGGCUGUCAGGAAACGAGUAUGUGUUCACAAAGAAUGUGCACCAGAGCCACAGUCACCUGGCGAUGCCAAUAACCAUCAAUGAUGUUCCCCCUUGUAUCUCUCAAUUACUUGAUAAUGAGGAGAGUUGGGACUUCAACAUCUUUGAAUUGGAAGCCGUUACACAUAAAAGGCCGUUGGUUUACCUGGGCUUAAAGGUUUUCACUCGGUUUGGAGUAUGUGAAUUUUUAAACUGUUCUGAAACCACUCUUCGGGCCUGGUUCCAAGUGAUUGAAGCCAACUACCACUCUUCCAAUGCCUACCACAACUCCACCCAUGCUGCCGACGUACUGCAUGCCACCGCUUUCUUCCUUGGAAAGGAAAGAGUAAAGGGAAGCCUCGAUCAGCUGGAUGAGGUGGCAGCCCUCAUUGCUGCCACGGUCCAUGACGUGGAUCACCCAGGAAGGACCAACUCUUUCCUCUGCAAUGCAGGCAGCGAGCUUGCUGUGCUCUAUAAUGACACUGCGGUUCUGGAGAGCCACCACACUGCCCUGGCCUUCCAGCUCACAGUCAAGGACACCAAGUGCAACAUUUUCAAGAAUAUUGACAGGAACCAUUAUCGAACGCUGCGCCAGGCUAUUAUUGACAUGGUUUUGGCAACAGAAAUGACAAAACACUUUGAACAUGUGAAUAAGUUUGUGAACAGCAUCAACAAGCCAAUGGCAGCUGAGAUUGAGGGCAGCGACUGUGAAUGCAACCCUGCUGGGAAGAACUUCCCUGAAAACCAAAUCCUGAUCAAACGCAUGAUGAUUAAGUGUGCUGACGUGGCCAACCCAUGCCGCCCCUUGGACCUGUGCAUUGAAUGGGCUGGGAGGAUCUCUGAGGAGUAUUUUGCACAGACUGAUGAAGAGAAGAGACAGGGGCUCCCUGUGGUGAUGCCAGUGUUUGACCGGAAUACCUGUAGCAUCCCCAAGUCUCAGAUAUCUUUCAUUGACUACUUCAUAACAGACAUGUUUGAUGCAUGGGAUGCCUUUGCACAUCUGCCAGCCCUGAUGCAACAUCUGGCUGACAACUACAAACACUGGAAGACACUAGAUGACCUAAAGUGCAAAAGUCUGAGGCUUCCAUCUGACAGCUAAAGCCAAGCCACAGAAGGGGCCUCUUGACCUAAAAAGGACACUGUGAAUCACAGUAGUGUAAAUAAGAGGCUUUCCUUUCUAAUGACAAUGACAGGUACUGGUGAAGGAGGUAAUGUUUAAUAUUUGACCUUGAAUCAUUCAAGUCCCCAAAUUUCAUUUUAGAAAGUUAUAGUCCAUGAAGAAAAAUACACAUUUGUUUGAACACUUAAUGACAGAACAAAGUGGCAAACUCCUGUGCUCUGCUGUCAUCCUGUGUACCCCUGUCAAUCCAUGGAGCUGAUUCACCGUAACUAGCCGGCCACAGGAAGCAAAGCCUUGGUGUCUGUGAGCUCAUCCGCCAGGAUGGUGACUAAGUAGCUUAGCUAGUACUCAGCUCAUCCCUUACCAUAACAGUCAUAUUUGCUGUUUAGCUUGACUAUCUUCCUCAAGAGCAUCGAUCUGAAGGAGUCAUAAGUUUAUCUGAACAGAUGUAUCUAAGAAAAAAACUACAAAAAAUAAGUGAAACAACUAGGACCAAAUUACAGAUCAACUAGUUAGCUUCACAGCCUCUAUGGCUACAUGGUUCUUCUUGCUAAUGGUGUGACACCCAGGUUAGAAUGCAGCUUUGGCUGGUGGGUGCCCUCUCUAGACUGGUAUCAGCAGCCUGUUUACCCACUUUCCUGUAAAAGGGAUUCAUCUUAACAGAAAGCCAUCUAUGAUGAGGGAAAAAGUGGCAUGUCAUUGUCGGGGAGGGAAUCCAUGAGCUUCCCUUAUUUCAGGCUCACAGAGGUAGCCAUGAGGCACUCUACCAAGUAUUAUAUAAAAGCCAUUAAAUCUGAAUGCCCUUGGACAAGCUUUUUUUUUUUUUUUUUUUAAAAAAAAGAAGUUUAUAUAAAUGUUUAAAAUUUUUAUUAAAAUCCAAAAUUUCUGGGUGUAAGCCCAUGGAAGAUGUUGUGCCAUGCACCACCUAUACGAUAUUUCGGGAGGGGACAGGGGAAGUUUCAAGGUUCAGAUGUUUUUAACCAAUCUAUAUUUGAAAUCAUGCCAUUUGCUUUAACAAUGUUAAAAUUGUGCGGUGUAAAUAUAUCAGAAAAUAGGCAUAUGGGGAGGCAGUAAAUACUAUUUUAAGCUAUUAAUUGUAUGCUAAAAGCUUCUAAAGCACAAGUGCAUAUUUUUAUACUGCUCUUUUCACAACUUUCUGUGAUCUACAUAGUCAAACUUGAGAUUUUCCUUUCUUUUACCCAGCUGAUCCUUCUCUAUGUAUUAUAAAUAUUAGACUCCGUAAACAAACUUAGUUUUUCUUUCUCUGUACUUCAUGCUGCAUUUUUAAAAGGUAUAAACAGAGAAUUAAUUAAAUCAGUAGUUACUUUUUUUCCAUACAAAUUGGAAUGCAGAAUACUUGGAACUUGUACAUGGGGAAAAAAUGACUUAUCACUACAUAAUGUGCCAAUGUUUUUUUCUAUGUUUUGUACCAAAAAUGGAAAAAUAGGACAAUUCCAUGCAAAGAAAUGUAUCUAAAUUAUUUUUGUUAGAUGAUAAGAGACCUUGCUUGGUCAGGACAGCAGCCAGCUUUGUAUUGUAAUGCUAUAUUAUGUAAAUGUGAUGAAAAUGUUUUCAUGAAGUACUUGUAACUAAAUUCCUACAGCCAUUUUUCAUUCCCAGCAGCUGUUUUUAUUUUACCUCUUUGGCCUAAACUUUUCAUAAUUUCAAA